UAUCACGCCGCCGCGAAGCGCGGCUUUUUUCACUAGUUUUGUAUCAAAGAAGCCCAGAAAUCUUCUUCUUCCAUGGAUGCGCCGCCACGCAAAUCAACUGGUUCUUCUUCUGACACUGUAAUAAAAAUCACUGACAACAAAAUGUGGAGAGACUCGAGCUAUGAUUUCAGUAAUGAUGGCAGCAAGAGCAAUGACUUUGAUUUUGUUACAGAGUCCCCUGCUUCUCAGCGAUCCCCAUUGUCGAAAAUCCCCGAGAGUCCCAGUGUGUACGCUCAGUUGUCACCUAAGGAUGCUAAGGUUUCGUUUAAUGACAAGUUGAGGAGACGUUAUAGUGGUAGUAACCGCGGUGGUGGUGGUGGUGGUGCUGAGGAUGAUGAGCUACUUGGGUGUGCUUUUAACAAGUCGGAGCUUAUGAGCAUGAAGAGUAGCAAGUCAAGGCUUUUGGAUCCUCCUGAGCUGGAUAGCAAGUCUAGGAGGACUAUGAAAUCUGGGUUUUUGGGUAAAGGGAGCGAGGUGGAUGAUGAUGAUGAUCCAUUUUCUGAGGAAGAUUUUCCGCAAGAUUUUAAGAAAAUGAAGUUUAGUAAGUGGGCUUUGUUUCAGUUUUUUAGUUUGAUUUUGAUUGUGGCUGCUUUGAUUUGUAGUUUGACUGUUGGGCUUCUUGUGAAGAAAAGGUUGUUUGGACUUGAAUUGUGGCGGUGGGGUUUGUUGCUUUUGGUUUUCAUGUGUGGGAGGCUGGUGGCUGGGUGGGGGAUGAGGGUGGUUGUGUUCUUGUUUGAGCUUAAUUUUAUGUUGCGUAAACGUGUUUUGUACUUUGUUUAUGGGUUGAGGAAUGCGGUCAAGAAUUGUGUUUGGUUGGGAUUGGUUUUGAUUGUUUGGAGAUGCAUUUUGGUUGAGAGUGUUGAGAGUCUGGAUCAUGGUAAGGUUUUGAGUUAUGUGACUAGGACUUGGGUUUGUUUGUUGGUAGGGACUUUGAUUUGGCUUGUUAAGACAAUGCUUGUCAAGGCACUUGCUUCUUCGUUUCAUGUGAAUACGUUUUUUGAUCGUAUUCAGGAUGCUUUGUUUAAUCAGUAUGUGAUUGAGACUCUCUCGGGGCCACCCUUGAUUGAGAUUCAACAAGAGCAGGAUGAAGAGGACCAAAUCAUGGCUGAGGUCCAGCAGUUGCAGAACGCUGGGGCUACUGUGCCUCCAGAACUUAGGGCAACUGUUUUUCCUAGGAGUGGGAAACUAAAUGCUAAAAGUCCUAGAUUCUUGACACCAAGAAAGAGCUUCUUGACACCAAGAAAGAGCUUUGCAUCUGUUAAAAGCUCUAGACAUUCGACAGCUGGGACCAAAAAGGAGAGUGAGGGAAUUACAAUUGAUCAUUUGCACAGGUUGAAUCAAAAGAAUAUAUCUGCUUGGAAUAUGAAAAGGUUAAUGAAUAUUGUCCGCAAAGGAACUCUUUCGACUUUAGAUGAGCAGAUACAGGACUCAACUGGCGAGGAUGAGGCUGCAGUGCAGAUCACGAGUGAAUUGCAGGCAAAACAUGCGGCCAAGAAGAUCUUUUGCAAUGUGGCUAAGCCAGGGUCAAAACACAUAUACGAGGAAGAUUUGAUGAGAUUUAUGAGAGACGACGAAGCAUUAAAGACAAUAAAUCUCUUCGAAGGGGAUAGUGAAAGCAAAGGAAUUAGUAGGAGAGCUCUAAAGAAUUGGGUGGUGAAUGCAUUUAGAGAGCGGAGAGCCUUGGCGUUGUCCCUGAAUGAUACUAAAACGGCUGUAAACAAACUUCACCAAAUGCUGAACAUAUUUGUUGGAGUAAUAAUACUGGUUAUCUGGGUUAUUAUACUCAAAUUUGCAAGUACUCAUUUUUUUGUCCUUUUGAGCUCCCAGAUAGUUCUAGUGGUGUUUGUGUUCGGCAACACAUGCAAGACAGUCUUUGAAGGAAUCAUUUUCUUAUUUGUGAUGCACCCAUUUGAUAUUGGUGAUCGUUGUGAAAUUGAUGGAGUUCAGUUGAUAGUUGAAGAGAUGAAUAUAUUAACAACGAUAUUUCUGAGGUAUGAUAGCCAAAAGAUCAGCUAUCCUAACAGUGUCUUAGCCACUAAACCCAUCAGCAACUACUACCGCAGUCCAGAUAUGGGAGAUGCCAUUGAUUUCUGUAUCCACGUUUCAACCCCUUCAGAAAAGAUCGGUUUGAUGAAAGAGAAGAUCACAAGCUACAUUGAGAAGAAGAGUGAUCACUGGAGUCCCGGUCCAUUGAUUGUGUUGAGGGACAUUGAGGACUUGAACAGGCUAAAGCUGUCACUGUGGCCGACCCAUCGAAUGAACUUUCAGGAUAUGGGUGAAAGGUGGACGAGAAGGGCUCUUCUGGUUGAGGAGAUGAUCAAAAUAUUAAGAGAGCUUGACAUUGAAUAUCGCAUGCUGCCGCUUGACAUGAAUGUCCGGGCCAUGCCAGCUCUGGUCUCAAACAGGCUUCCUUCAAAUUGGACAGUUCAUGCAAACUGAUAAGUUUACACGAAUGAUUUGAGCUUUUAUAAGCACUUGCUCUUUACUAGUCUUUUCUACACUACUCAGCAGAUGGAUAUAUGGUACAAGUAGAACUACGGGAAUUCAAAGGUUUAUAAUUUUUUCCCAGUAAUUUUUAGAGCCUUUGUUCUGCGCGUAUAAAAAAGUCUUGAUGCUUUCACAGACUGAAAGCCUAUUUUUACCAAAUCUUUGUUUUAUCAUACAGUACUUACUACUUA